AUGGCUGCACUGCUACCGGGCUUCACCCCGCUCCUGCUCUCGUCUCUGGCACUCCACCUGCUUCUCCUCGGCCCUUUGUUUGCCCUCACCCCGGAGACGGUGAGCACAGGAGGGGCUUCCAACCGGUGGACCCCGGGCCUCUCUCACCGAGACGCCGGUAAAGUGAGCCGGCAGCAACAGAAGCAGCAGCGCGAGGAAGCAGGGGAGUCGCUGAGGGGCAGCUGGAAUCUACGCCCCAGCAGGUGGACUGUAGAGCGGAUACAUACUGAGGGAUGCUGUAGAGUGGGGACGCUGGGAGGAUAUACCCAGGAUGGGGCGAGGGGGACACGGAAGGAGGGACUGAAAGGAGUCGGGACGUUUUCAUCACCUCCUCCUCCUCUCCCCCCAGGUAUUAGGAACAGGUCGAGCUCUGAUGGCGUCGGCGCAGGAGAGGGAGUGGAGAGAGGGAGGAUGAGGAGGAAGGGCGUUGUUUCUUCUCCAGCUUCACCUGCUUUCACCUCCUCGCCGGUUCAAAACGGCAAAAAACGGGCAGUACAAAGGACUAGAGCGUGCGCGCAACGGUGGCCGGCGUCAAGGCCACACCUCGCCAAACGUGGUGCCGCCGGAGCCUUUGUGCACGCCUCUGGCCUGUACGGGGCACCCGGAAGUGUAAAGAGGAGAGGGGGAGAGGUGUGGGAGAGGGCUCCAGCAGUCACACCACGUAUUCUCGCUCAGCCCGAUGACACCACAGCAGAACACCUCUCGUUUUUCUCGAAAAUGAACCUGACCACACGGCAGGAUGACUCCACACGUUUGAUAUACCUACCCUCUCUAAAGGACGUGAUUUCAGCACCACGGACAGUUUCCCCAGACUCCCAGCCUGUGUUUUUAUGGAGCACAUUCAACAGCAACAUUAAUAACAACAACGAAGAUGAGCAAAGCAAGGACAUAAAUGGAUUGAAUCAUGAAUCUGAAAUAGAACAAUCUCAGUGGCAUGAUCAGACACAGCAACAAGACCUGUGGGAGACAGCAUUACUAGAGAUGGUCAAUGCAGGCUGUGCUGACAGCAUUUCCACCGACUGUUCAGCCACCAAGCAAAGGGAGCAUGCACAUAUGCAAUUAAAAUCCGGUAAGCAAGUGUCAUUAGAGCCUCAAGGUGUGAGACAGUCAGAUAGGCGGCAGAUGGGUGCCGAAGCAGAGAGGGAGAGACAUGCAGAGAGGGAGGGAGAGGGUUUUGAGGGGUCUGCUGCUGUUGCUGUUGGGGAAGGAAAAUUACAGGUGGGGGAGGGCAAGAGAGAGGCGCGGCUAAUGGGAGGCAGAGAACCAGGGGGAAAUGAGCAAGAGAAGGAGGAGUGGGAGAGGGAAAAAGCAAUAACAAAGGCAAGCCGGGCAGAAGAGAGAGAGGCUGAGAGGGAGAAGGGUCAGGAUAGGGGCAGUAGCACCACCACCAUCACACAGCCAGAGAGCAAAAAGGGGAAGAACGAGAGACAGGCAGAUGAGAGCCACGAGGUUGGAGAGUGGGGUGAAAGGGGGGUAGAAGGGAAGGAGGAGAGGCGCAGUACAAGGGGAGAGAGGAGCCUGGAACGACUGAUAAUAUUAGCAGAUGAUGAUAUCUCACAGGGGGAAAAGGGGAGGAAGAUGUUGAUGCCCUGGCCCCGCUCUCGGCGUGCAGCAAACAAACAUCCCCAUUUCUCCCAGUAUAACUUCCAAGUGCAAGUAGCUGAAAAUCAACCAGCCGGUACUUCAGUCAUUAUCAUGUCCGCCUCAGACCCAGAUGCGGGAGAUUCAGGCAGGGUCAGCUACUCCAUGGCCCCGCUGAUGAACAGUCGAUCAUCUGACUACUUCCACAUCCACCCAGACACAGGGCUCAUCACCACCACUCAGAUUCUAGACAGAGAACACAUGGACUUGCAUUACUUCCGAGUCACAGGGACGGAUAACAGCGCCUCUCGGCUCUCCGGCACCACAAUGGUGGCCAUUACAGUUUCAGACCGCAAUGAUCACUCUCCUAUUUUUGAGCAAACAGAAUACAGGGAGACGAUCAGGGAGAACGUAGAGGAGGGGUAUCCCAUUUUACAGCUGAGAGCGACAGACUUAGACUCCCCAUCCAAUGCCAAUAUCCGGUAUCGCUUUAUCGGUGAUAAGGUUACAAUAGCCCGGUCGGCGUUUGAGAUUGACCCCCGCUCUGGCCUCAUUACAACCCGCGGAGCAGUGGACCGGGAAACCAACGAGCACUACACUCUACUGGUGGAGGCCACUGACCAGGGGAAGGAACCGGGGCCACGCUCUUCUACUGUUAAAGUGUUUAUCACUGUUCUGGAUGAAAAUGACAAUGUGCCACAAUUCAGCGAAAAGCGCUAUGUGGUAGCAGUGAAAGAGGAUGUUCGGGCCCACACUGAGAUCCUCCGUGUGAGCGCCACUGACAUUGACAAGGACAGUAACGCUGCUGUUCACUACAAUAUCAUCAGUGGCAACAGCCGUGGACAGUUUUCCAUCGACAGUGUAACUGGGGAGAUCCAUGUUGUAGCACCACUGGACUAUGAGUCAGAACGGGAGUAUACUCUCCGUGUUCGUGCCCAGGACAAUGGCCGACCACCUCUCUCCAACAACACCGGUAUUGUCAGUGUUCAGGUGACGGAUGUAAACGACAACCCACCAAUCUUUGUCUCCACACCUUUCCAGGCUUCUGUGCUGGAGAGCGCCCCAGUUGGUAGCUCCAUCCUCCACAUUCAGGCCAUUGACACUGAUUCUGCUGAUAAUGCCCGUCUGGAGUACAGGUUAACUGGCACCAGCUCUGACACACCCUUCGUUAUUAAUUCGGCAACAGGCUGGGUCACUGUGCGCACCAUUCUUGACCGAGAGUCUGUGGAGCACUAUUUCUUUGGUGUGGAGGCCAGGGAUUAUGGCAUGCCUCCUCUAUCUGCUACAGCAAGUGUAACAAUAACAGUGAUGGAUGUUAAUGACAACCGGCCCGAGUUCAUCCAAAAGGAGUACUAUUCUCGCCUGAAUGAGGAUGCGUCUGUUGGUACCAGUGUAGCGACUGUGACGGCUGUGGACCGUGAUGUCAACAGUGCUGUAACCUAUCAGAUAACAGGGGGAAACACCAGAAACCGCUUUGCCAUCAGCACAGCAGGCGGGUCUGGACUUCUUUCUUUAGCUCUCCCAUUGGACUACAAACAGGAGCGCCGUUACGUUCUAACCGUCGCUGCCUCAGACCGCACACUCCACGACACCUGUCAGGUGCACAUUAACAUCACUGACGCCAACACACAUCGGCCUGUUUUCCAGAGUGCCCACUACUCUGUUAGUGUGAACGAGGACCGACCACCUGGAAGCACCGUAGUUGUAAUCAGUGCCACAGAUGAUGAUGUAGGCGAAAACGCUCGAAUCACAUACUUUCUCGAGGACAAUAUCCCACAAUUCCGCAUUGACACCGGCACAGGAGCGAUAACGCUCCAGGCAGAGCUCGACUAUGAGGACCAGAUGACCUACACUCUGGCUAUCACAGCUAAAGACAACGGUAUCCCGCAGAAAGCAGACACAACAUAUGUGGAGGUGAACGUGAAUGAUGUGAAUGACAAUGCACCUCAGUUCCUCAGCACAAGAUACCAGGGAACAGUGAGUGAAGACGCCCCUCCCUUCACCAGUGUCCUCCAAAUCUCAGCCACUGACCGUGACGCGCACACCAAUGGUCGUGUUCAGUACACCUUUCAAAAUGGCGAGGAUGGGGAUGGGGACUUUACCAUCGAACCUACAUCCGGUGUAGUCCGAUCUGUUCGACGUUUGGACCGUGAGAGCGUGCCAUUCUACGAGCUCACAGCCUAUGCCGUUGAUCGUGGCAUACCCCCUCAGCGAACCCCCGUCCACAUCCAGGUGACGGUCCUAGAUGUCAACGACAAUGCCCCCGUCUUCCCAGCUGAUGACUUUGAGGUUCUAGUGAAGGAAAACAGCGCAGUGGGGUCUGUGGUAGCCCAGAUCACAGCCACUGACCCCGACGAAGGCACUCACGCUCAGAUCAUGUAUCAAAUUGUGGAGGGAAACAUCCCCGAGAUCUUUCAGAUGGACAUCUUUUCAGGGGAGCUCACUUCACUCAUUGAUCUUGACUAUGAGGCCCGCAACGAGUAUGUCAUCGUAGUCCAGGCAACCUCGGCUCCUCUAGUCAGCAGGGCUACCGUCAGGAUCCGAUUAGUGGACCAGAACGACAACAGGCCCACUCUGCAGGACUUCCAAAUCAUUUUCAACAACUUCGUGUCCAACCGCUCCAACAGUUUCCCCAGCGGGGUAAUUGGAAAAGUGCCCGCCCACGACCCUGAUGUGUCAGACAGGCUGCACUACACCAUCGACCGAGGGAACGAGCUUCACCUGCUGCUCCUGAAUCACACCAGUGGAGAGAUCCGACUGAGCCGAAAACUGGAUAACAACAGGCCGCUGGUGGCUCCCAUGCUGAUCACUGUCACAGAUGGCGUCUACAGCAUUUCAGCCCAGUGCGUUCUCCGCGUCCUCAUCAUCACAGAAGACAUGCUGGGCAGCAGUGUCACCGUCCGUCUGCAGAACAUGUCCCAGGAGCACUUCCUGUCACCACUGCUUGGUAACUUCCUGGAGGGCGUGUCAGCAGUGCUCUCUGUGCCCGUCGAGGAUGUUUUUAUCUUCAACAUCCAGCCGGACCUGGACGCGGCGCCGGGAGGGAUCCUGAAUGUCAGCUUCUCUGCUGCGUUGCCCGGCGGGGUCUUCUUCCCCUCCGAGACCCUGGAGGAGCAGCUGUAUCUGAACAGGCCGAGGCUGACGUCACUGACGCAGAUGGAGGUGCUUCCGUUCGACGACAAUGUGUGUCUGCGUGAGCCGUGCCAGAACUACAUGAAGUGCAUCUCCGUGCUGCGUUUCAACAGCUCCGCCCCCUUCAUCUCCUCGCCCUCCAUCUUGUUCCGGCCAAUCCACCCCAUCGCCGGCCUGCGCUGUCGCUGCCCGGUUGGCUUCACGGGUGAUUACUGCGAGACGGAGAUCAACCUGUGUUACUCCAACCCCUGCCUGAACGGGGGGGUGUGCGCCCGCAGAGAAGGAGGGUACACCUGCAUCUGCCGUGAAGAUUACACCGGCGACCGUUGUGAGUUUGACCGGCGGCAGGGCAGGUGUGUGCCGGGUUUGUGUCGUAAUGGAGGGACAUGUCGGGAGCUUUCGGGCGGAGGUUUCCGCUGCGAGUGUCCUGCCGGAGGCUACGAGCGUCCAUACUGCACCGUCACCGCCCGCUCCUUCCCACCCAAGUCCUUCGCCAUGUUCCGGGGCCUCAGACAGAGAUUCCACCUGUCCAUCUCCUUAACUUUUGCCACCCUGGAGAACAGUGGUCUUCUUUUCUAUAACGGACGCUUCAAUGAGAAGCACGACUUCAUCGCCUUGGAGAUCCAAGAGGGACAAGUGGUACUCAAAUACUCCACAGGUGAAUCCUCCACCCAGGUGAGUCCCUUCCUGCCCGGCGGUGUGAGCGAUGGCAACUGGCACACUGUGCACAUCCACUACUACAACAAGCCCAAGCGCAGUAUGAGCGGCGAGGCCCAGGGUCCGUCAGAUGAGAAGAUUGCCGUGGUGAGCGUGGACGACUGUGACACCGCAUUGUCGCUUCGCUUCGGUACACAGCUCGGAAAUUACAGCUGCGCCGCACAGGGCAAACAGACCAGCAACAAGAAGUCUCUGGAUCUGACUGGCCCUUUGUUUCUGGGCGGAGUUCCCAACGUACCUGACAACUUCCCGUUUGGAUCCAGGGAGUUUAUUGGCUGCAUGAAGGAGCUGCACAUUGACAGCAAGCCGCUGGACUUGGCUGGGUUCAUCGCUAACAAUGGAACGAUCCCAGGUUGCAGCGCGAAGCUUCCCUUCUGUAAGUCCAACCCCUGUCAGAAUGGAGGAACCUGCCAUGUGAGCUGGGAGACUUUCUCCUGCGAAUGUCCGCUCGGGUACGGAGGAAAGGACUGCAGCCACGUGAUGUCACACCCCCAUCGCUUCCUGGGUAACAGCGCCCUCUGGUGGGACCUGAAGAACGACGUGACCAUCUCCACGCCCUGGUACCUGGGCCUGGUGUUCAGGACCAGAGCACGAGAGGGGACGCUGCUGCAGGCCCAGGCCGGCCAGUACACCAGCCUGCUGUUCCAGGUGAUAAAUGGUCAGCUGGUGUUCUCGGUGACCCGUGGGUCGGCCAGGCCGGUGCGUCUGCGGUUGGAUCAGGUUCAGGUGUCGGACGGCCAGUGGCACGACAUCCAACUGGAGCUGCGAGACGUCCGCAGCGGCCGCGAGACGCGAUACGUCGCCACGCUGCGGCUCGACUUCGGACUAUAUCAGGGAACAGUGAUAGUGGGAAAUGAGAUUCAUGGUCUGAAGGUGAAACAUCUGCAUGUGGGAGGAGUGCUGGGCUCCGGAGAGGUUCAGAACGGGAUAAAAGGAUGCAUACAGGGUGUUCGGCUGGGUGUACGGCCUGACUCCCCCCCUCUGCCCCGCCCCUCCAGAGCUGUGAAAGUAGAGACCGGCUGUAAUGUUGGAAACCCCUGCAUCUCGUCUCCAUGCCCCGGCCACAGCCGCUGUACCGACCAAUGGGAGCGUCACACCUGUCUCUGCGAACCUGCCACCAUCCAGCCUCAUCUCGGCAUGGAUCUGUCCGUAGAUAUAUCUGGAGAUGUGCUGUUACCAUCUGGACUAGAGUUUCACUACCGUGCGCGAGGCUCUGACACCUGCCUGCCAUGUGACUGCUACCCGGUGGGUUCCUUCUCGCGGUCAUGUGACCCAGAGACAGGCCAGUGCCAGUGCAGGCCCGGCGUGAUUGGUCGCCAGUGCAACGCAUGUGACAGCCCCUUCGCUGAGGUCACAACGACAGGAUGUGAUGUUAUUUACGACGGUUGUCCAAAGACCAUCACUCAGGGGAUCUGGUGGCCUCGGACCAAAUUCAACCUGCCGGCCGCAGUGCCCUGCCCCAAAGGCUCUGUCGGUGCAGCUAUCAGACACUGUGAUGCGGAGAGAGGAUGGCUGGAGCCGGACCUUUACAACUGCACCUCUCCUCCAUUUGUGGAGCUCAAUGCUGCUCUUGAUUCUCUGGAGCGUAACGAGACGGAGCUGAACACCAUCAUGGAGAAGAAACUGGCCCACCAGCUCCGUGACGUCACCGAGGCAACCACCCGACUCUACGGCAACGACUUGCAGAUCGCCGAGCGGCUGCUGUCCCGCCUCCUGACCUUUGAGACCCAACAGACCGGCUUCGGACUCACCGCUACUCAGGACGCACAUUUUAAUGAAAACCUGGUGCGAGGCUGCAGUGUUCUGUUGGGUCCUGGUACCUCGGGGCUGUGGCGGGCUCUCGCUCAGAGUCAGAAUCACAUCCCAGGGGGCGGCCCGGCGGAGCUGACGGAGCUGCUGGAGCAGUACACCCAGAACCUGGCCCAGAACAUGAAGCUCACCUACCUCAACCCUGUGGCGCUGGUUGCUCCAAACAUCGUCAUGAACCUGGACCGUGUGGAAAACCAGACCCAUGUGCGGCGGCGUUUCCCACGUUACCACACCACCCUGUUCCGGGGCCAGACCCUGUGGGAUCCCAACACGCACGUGAUACUGCCCCCUGCUGCCCUGGUGCCACAGCGACAGCAACAACAACACAGCUGGAAGGAGAAGGAGCGCACAGAGAAAGAGCCCGCGGGUCCUCAGAACACUGAUCCGGCCUCCAUCAGUAUCUCAGCCAAUCAGACAGGAGAAUACACGGCAGCCAGACGCACCGUUUCCCUGCCAGAGCCGCCCAUCACCAUCGUCAUCCUGCUGAUCUAUCGCAGUCUGGGCGGCGCCCUGCCUCCAAAAUAUCACACAGACAGGCGGGGUGUGAGGCUUCCCAGACACCCGGUAAUGAACUCCCCGGUGGUCAGUGUUUCUGUCUUCAACAACCAGACGUUUGUGGGCGGACACCUGGACCAGCCCAUCCUGCUUGAGUUCAAGCUUCUGGAGACGGCCAAUCGCAGCAAGCCACUGUGUGUGCAGUGGAACCACAGCAACCAGAUCGAUCACCAGUGUCCCAGGGGGUGGUGGGGGUCUCCCACCUGCGGGCCGUGUCACUGUGACGCCAACAAAGGCUUCGACCCCGACUGCAACAAGACCAGCGGACUCUGUCACUGCAAGACCAUUCACACCCUGGCUGGAGAUCUGAAUGAGGAGCUUGGUCUGGAGGAAGACAGAGAACCAAUUCAGGAACCUGUCUCUUCUCCUUCACCUACUCCUCUGACACCAAGUGCUGGACCUUCUGCCAAAGUCAGCUUGGAGGAAGAACCAUUUGCCUCUGCGCCAAACCUUGAAUACAACUCUGCUGUGGUUCCAGCUCUGCUCUCUUCUGUGACCACUGCUGAUGACCCUCCUGCCAUCACUGUCACCCAGGAUGGUUUGACGAUCAGCGAGAUUGAUCCAAUGGAGCUGUUUACACCAGAGACAGACUGUGAGGAUGUGGAGCUCAGCAGAGAACAAGGCCCUGCUGUGACUCUGGCUCUUCCAACCCCCCAUGAUGGACCUGUUGUCAUGACUGCAGCGCAGGAUGAACGGACAAUCAGGAAGCGUGAGGUCAAAAGGAAGAGACGAGUCCAGCCCUUCUUGGUUCAGAAACAGUCUGAUGCUGCUGCCUACCUGAAGACGCAGACUGAGAAUGCUCAGAAUCCCUAUCACAACGCCUCUCUGUUGGAGCAGAGCGGGCUGCACCGCAUCACCCUAGGAACCUCCACCAUCUCCUCCGUGAGCUCCGCCAGAGAAAAUCUUUUGGCCCGUCAGACUCUGGAACAGAAUAUUGUACAAACCGGAGCGACAGACCUGGAUGUAGCCAUGUUCCACAGAGACGGAGGUGAAGAUUCAGACUCAGACUCAGAUCUCUCCAUGGACGAGGAGCGCAGUCUCUCCAUCCCUUCCUCUGAGAGCGAGGACAACGUCCGACUCCGUGGACGCAUCCAGCGGCGAUUCAAACGCUCCAAUCACAGCGAGCGUCUGCUCACAGAGCCCGCCCACAACGGCACCAAAGAUUUGGAUGGCAAUGACCUUCUGUCCUACUGGCCCGCUCUGGAGGAGUGUGAGACACACAGCCUUCAGAAGUGGGGCUCAGAGCGCCCCCUUGGGUCCGAUUACAGCAAGGACGCCGCCAACAACAACCAGACUGACGCGGCGCUGACCAGCGGGGACGAGAACGGCCUCACCCAGCCCAACAGGCACCGCAAGGGUAUCCUGAAGAAUCGUAUCGGCUGCCCCCCGGCACUCCAGGGUCUCUCCUCAAUAGGCCGGGCCCCCAGUGAUCUGAACUGGUACCGGACCUCCACUCUGGGCCACCGGGGGGUCCCUGCAGCCUCGUACGGUCGCAUGUACUCUGCCACCGGUGCAGGUGGAGGUUCAGGUUCUCUCUCUCAACCGGGCUCCCGCUACUCCUCCAGGGAACAGCUGGACUCGCUGUCCCGGAGGCAGCUGUCUAGGGACACCCUGGGGAGGCAGGCGGUGGGCGGGUCCAGAGACCGACUGGACUCCCGGGGUUCCAGGGACAACCUGGACCUCCUACCCCGGCGGAGAGAGCUGGGGCAGGGAGCAGGGCUGGGGGGCCUGGGGCUGGAGCAUCAGCGGGUCUCCUCAUCCAGGGAGAACCUGUCGGGGUCCAGGGACAGACUGGACCUCCAGCACACAGGCAGCGUGCACGCCUCCAGGGAGGACUUGAGUGGGAACGGGGGAGCGGGGGGGAUGGAGGGAUUCCUCAGCGGGUCGAGGUCCCAUCUGAACUCGCUGACUCGGCGGCAGGCCUCGUCCCGGGAGCACCUCGGGGGGGCGUUGAUGAGCAGCAGGUCGAGGGAACAGCUGGAGCCAAACGGGGGCGGGGCCCAGCCGUGUCGGGAGUGGCUGCGCACUCUGCCCCCCCGCCAGCCUGCGCACCCCGACCAGCCUCCCUCGUCCUCCCCUCCUCCCCCCAUCUCUGAGGAGCCCCCGCAGGACCAGCUCCCGCCUCACGUCAGAGGACGGCUGGACUCCGCCCCCCCAUGUAGGUACACCGGUCAGACUGUCCCACAGGGCGCAGGUUCAAAUCCCAACGCUCUGGGGAGACAACCAUCUUGCGAACACCUGGACAUCCUGUCCUCUAUCCUGGCCUCCUUCAGCUCCACCGUCCUCACUCCUCCCCCCUCUAACCCUGGGCCUAAUGGCUCUGCCCAUGGACCCUCCCCCUCCCCGCCCCAAUCAGCAACCUCCCACAGCAUAUCUGAAGUCUCCCCUGACUCAGAAGCCAACAGAAGUGAAGGACAGUCUUGAUGACAGCCUACAUGUCCCUUUAUUCAUUGAGGCGGUGUUUGGAACACGAGG